UGUUAGUCUUUAGAUGUAGUGAUAUAUCUGUUGUUAGUCUUCAGAUGUAGUGAUAUAUCUGUUGUUAGUCUUCAGAUGUAGUGAUAUAUCUGUUGUUAGUCUUCAGAUGUAGUGAUAUAUCUGUUGUUAGUCUUCAGAUGUAGUGAUAUAUCUGUUGUUAGUCUUUAGAUGUAGUGAUAUAUCUGUUGUUAGUCUUCAGAUGUAGUGAUAUAUCUGUUAGUCUUCAGAUGUAGUGAUAUAUAUGUUGUUAGUCUUCAGAUGUAGUGAUAUAUCUGUUGUUAGUCUUCAGAUGUAGUGAUAUAUCUGUUGUUAGUCUUUAGAUGUAGUGAUAUAUUGUUGUUAGUCUUCAGAUGUAGUGAUAUAUCUGUUGUUAGUCUUCAGAUGUAGUGAUAUAUCUGUUGUUAGUCUUCAGAUGUAGUGAUAUAUCUGUUUAGUCUUCAGAUGUAGUGAUAUAUCUGUUGUUAGUCUUUAGAUGUAGUGAUAUAUCUGUGUUAGUCUUUAGAUGUAGUGAUAUAUCUGUUGUUAGUCUUCAGAUGUAGUGAUAUAUCUGUUGUUAGUCUUCAGAUGUAGUGAUAUAUCUGUUGUUAGUCUUCAGAUGUAGUGAUAUAUCUGUUGUUAGUCUUCAGAUGUAGUGAUAUAUCUGUUGUUAGUCUUCAGAUGUAGUGAUAUAUCUGUUGUUAGUCUUAGAUGUAGUGAUAUAUCUGUUGUUAGUCUUCAGAUGUAGUGAUAUAUCUGUUAGUCUUCAGAUGUAGUGAUAUAUCUGUUGUUAGUCUUCAGAUGUAGUGAUAUAUCUGUUGUUAGUCUUUAGAUGUAGUGAUAUAUCUGUUGUUAGUCUUCAGAUGUAGUGAUAUAUCUGUUGUUAGUCUUCAGAUGUAGUGAUAUAUCUGUUGUUAGUCUUCAGAUGUAGUGAUAUAUCUGUUGUUAGUCUUCAGAUGUAGUGAUAUAUCUGUUGUUAGUCUUUAGAUGUAGUGAUAUAUCUUGUUAGUCUUCAGAUGUAGUGAUAUAUCUGUUAGUCUUCAGAUUGUAGUGAUAUAUAUGUUGUUAGUCUUCAGAUGUAGUGAUAUAUCUGUUGUUAGUCUUCAGAUGUAGUGAUAUAUCUGUUGUUAGUCUUAGAUGUAGUGAUAUAUCUGUUGUUAGUCUUCAGAUUUUGUUGUAGUGAUAUAUCUGUUGUUAGUCUUCAGAUUGUAGUGAUAUAUCUGUUGUUAGUCUUCAGAUGUAGUGAUAUAUCUGUUGUUAGUCUUCAGAUGUAGUGAUAUAUCUGUUGUUAGUCUUUAGAUGUAGUGAUAUAUCUGUUGUUAGUCUUCAGAUGUAGUGAUAUAUCUGUUGUUGUUGUUUGUCUGUAGGUCACCCUCUCCCUGAUCCUGGUCAGAUCUGUGGACUGGUCAACCUGGCUCAGCAGUCCUACUGGCAGAGCUCCCUGUGCUCCAAGUCACUAGGCUACGUCUGUCAGAAAGACCCACCUACAGCCCCUGUUCAGCAGGUACGUCUGUCAGAAAGAAACCCACCUAGGCCCCUGUUCAGCCAGGUACGUCUGUCAGAAAAGACCCACCUAGAGCCCCUGUUCAGCCAGGUACGUCUGUCAGAAAGACCCACUAGAGCCCCUGUUCAGCCAGGUACGUCUGUCAGAAAGACCCACCUACAGCCCCUGUUCAGCAGGUACGUCUGUCAGAAAAGACCCACCUAGAGCCCCUGUUCAGCCAGGUACGUCUGUCAGAAAAGACCCCACCUAGAGCCCCUGUUCAGCCAGGUACGUCUGUCAGAAAAGACCCACCUAGAGCCCCUGUUCAGCCAGGUACGUCUGUCAGAAAGACCCACCUACAGCCCCUGUUCAGCCAGGUACGUCUGUCAGAAAGACCCACCUAGAGCCCCUGUUCAGCCAGGUACGUCUGUCAGAAAGACCCACCUACAGCCCCUGUUCAGCCAGGUACGUCUGUCAGAAAGACCCACCUACAGCCCCUGUUCAGCCAGGUACGUCUGUCAGAAAGACCCACCUAGAGCCCCUGUUCAGCCAGGUACGUCUGUCAGAAAGACCCACCUAGAGCCCCUGUUCAGCCAGGUACGUCUGUCAGAAAGACCCACCUAGAGCCCCUGUUCAGCCAGGUACGUCUGUCAGAAAGACCCCACCUACAGCCCCCUGUUCAGCCAGGUACGUCUGUCAGAAAGACCCACCUACAGCCCCUGUUCAGCCAGGUACGUCUGUCAGAAAGACCCACCUACAGCCCCUGUUCAGCCAGGUACGUCUGUCAGAAAGACCCACCUAGAGCCCCUGUUCAGCCAGGUACGUCUGUCAGAAAGACCCACCUAGAGCCCCUGUUCAGCCAGGUACGUCUGUCAGAAAGACCCACCUACAGCCCCUGUUCAGCCAGGUACGUCUGUCAGAAAGACCCACCUAGAGCCCCUGUUCAGCCAGGUACGUCUGUCAGAAAGACCCACCUAGAGCCCCUGUUCAGCCAGGUACGUCUGUCAGAAAGACCCACCUAGAGCCCCUGUUCAGCCAGGUAUGUCUGUCAGAAAGACCCACCUACAGCCCCUGUUCAGCCAGGUACGUCUGUCAGAAAGACCCACCUAGAGCCCCUGUUCAGCCAGGUACGUCUGUCAGAAAGACCCACCUAGAGCCCCUGUUCAGCCAGGUACGUCUGUCAGAAAGACCCACCUAGAGCCCCUGUUCAGCCAGGUACGUCUGUCAGAAAGACCCACCUACAGCCCCUGUUCAGCCAGGUACGUCUGUCAGAAAGACCCACCUAGAGCCCCUGUUCAGCCAGGUACGUCUGUCAGAAAGACCCACCUACAGCCCCUGUUCAGCCAGGUACGUCUGUCAGAAAGACCCCACCUAGAGCCCCUGUUCAGCCAGGUACGUCUGUCAGAAAGACCCACCUACAGCCCCUGUUCAGCCAGGUACGUCUGUCAGAAAGACCCACCUAGAGCCCCUGUUCAGCCAGGUACGUCUGUCAGAAAGACCCACCUAGAGCCCCUGUUCAGCCAGGUACGUCUGUCAGAAAGACCCACCUACAGCCCCUGUUCAGCCAGGUACGUCUGUCAGAAAGACCCACCUAGAGCCCCUGUUCAGCCAGGUACGUCUGUCAGAAAGACCCCACCUACAGCCCCUGUUCAGCCAGGUACGUCUGUCAGAAAGACCCACCUACAGCCCCUGUUCAGCCAGGUACGUCUGUCAGAAAGACCCACCUAGAGCCCCUGUUCAGCCAGAUCCAACACUCCAUUCUACUCUGCUCAAUUCAUUUCAGACUAGUCCAGUCCAUUUUAGUCUAGUCCAGUCUAGUCUAGUCCAGUCCAUUUCAAUCCAGUCCAGUUCGUUUUAAUUCUGUUCAGUCCAUUUCAGUCCAGUCUAGUCCAGUUCAGUUCUUUAUGAUUUGAUUUGGUUUAGUAUGGGCAGGUGUAUUUGUUGUAGCACAGUAUUCUACAAUGUGUUUCCAUGUGUUUGUGAUCAUCAGAAGAGGCAGGUUCAUGCUCCGGUCCGUGGAUUCCCUACGCUGCCAGGUGCUACCGCCUCCAGCGCACUAAGAAGACCUGGACAGAGGCUCAGACGGAAUGUCGCAAGGACGGAGGCGACCUGGCCAGCAUCCACAACAUCGAGCAGCACAGCUUUGUGAUGUCACAGCUGGGAUAUGGUCAGUGAAACACUGAUACGCUAGAGUUCGCACGUUAGACAAUGGGUGAAAAGGGUAACUCCAACUCACCUCUCCUCUUCCCACCUCCCCUCCCCUCCCCUCUCCUCCCCUCUCCUCUUCCCACCUCCCCUCCCCUCCCCUCCUCUCCUCUGUCCCAGCGGCCGCUGACGAGCUGUGGAUCGGGAUGAACGACGUCAAGACGCCACUACUGUUUGAGUGGAGCGACCAAUCCCCUGUCACCUACACCAGGUGGGAGGAAGCCAUGCUAAGGGAGGGCAACUGUGUCCUGGUCAGGGGAGAGGUAUGGUAUGCACCCCCCUGUACCAUCACCCCCCUCCAGACUGCCCCUAACCCUAACCCUGGCCCUAACCCUGGCCCUAACCCUGCCCCUAACCCUGCCCUAACCCUAACACCCCCUAACCCUGGCCCUAACCCUGUACCAUCACCCCCCUCCAGACUGCCCCUAACCCUAACCCUGGCCCUAACCCUGGCCCUAACCCUGGCCCUAACCCUGCCCCUAACCCUAACACCCCCUAACCCUGGCCCUAACCCUGUACCAUCACCCCCCUCCAGACUGCCCCUAACCCUAACCCUGGCCCUAACCCUGGCCCUAACCCUGGCCCUAACCCUGCCCCUAACCCUAACACCCCCUAACCCUAACACCCCCUAACCCUGGCCCUAACCCUAACACCCCCUAACCCUGGCCCUAACCCUGGCCCUAACCCUAACACCCCCUAACCCUGGCCCUAACCCUAACACCCCCUAACCCUGGCCCUAACCCUAACACCCCCUAACCCUGGCCCUAACCCUAACCCUGGCCCUAACCCUAACCCUAACACCCCCUAACCCUAACCCUAACACCCCCUAACCCUGGCCCUAACCCUAACACCCCCUAACCCUGGCCCUAACCCUAACACCCCCUAACCCUAACACCCCCUAACCCUGGCCCUAACCCUAACCCUGGCCCUAACCCUAACACCCCCUAACCCUAACACCCCCUAACCCUGCCCCUAACCCUAACUCUAACCACCCAUUCACAACCACCACCCUCCCUGACGGUGUCCUGUGUGACUGUGCCUGUCUUGCAGCAGGGCAGGUGGGCUACCCAGGUGUGUGAGAACCAGCACGGCUUCAUCUGUAUGAAGAAGUCUUCCUCCCAACCCUCAGGGGACCAGGUGAACACGAACCCAGGCUGCAAACUGGUGAGUGGACUGACAGGGUCAGAGCUCGUGCUCUACAGCGCCGACGCUCUCUGGAACAGCCACAUAUAUGCCUCUCCCCACCGGAGACCGGGGUUCAGUCCUCCAUUCAAACCUUCCUACUCUUACUCCCACUUGCCCGUCUCCACCUCUGUUUCAAACUGGCUAAAUAAAGUAUAAAAAAAAAAAAAACAUCUGUAAAUGUGCCAGAUUUAGCCAGCUAGCUAGUUGUCAACUGUAUUCCCUGGGCAGGUAGAUAGAUAAUCAACACGUGAAGCCUUAACCCUAGACCAGCUCAACAGCCUUAACCCUAGACCAGCUCAACAGCCUUAACCCUAGACCAGCUCAACAGCCUUAACCCUAGACCAGCUCAACAGUCUAACAGCUGUUUCUGACCCUGUUUGUCUCUCUGAAGCAUUGGACCAGGCACGGCUCCUACUGCUACUUUGUGGGACCGGAGACCAAGACGUUUGACGAGGCCAAAGAGACAUGCAAGAGAUCACAGUCUUAUCUGGCAGAUGUUUCUAGCAGGUAAGAGAAGAUACUGGGAUAUACUUCUCUAGAUCAGAAAUGUGGGCUAGAUGAAUUUGGCUGGAUAAAACAUUGUCUCAUGAUAAUGAGUUCAGGGUGGACAAAGUUCCAUUAUAAUGUUUAAAAUAAUAUUGUACUCAAAAAAUAACUUUUUAGUUUUUUCUUAAUUAGUCCACUGUUAUGUGAUCAUAACACAAGCACCAUUUUGACUAAAGGAAAAAAUUCUAAAAUAUAGUUUUUGAGUAAAAUAUGCCUUUAAUCAUAAUGUUUAAAUAAUGUUAUAAUGAUAAUGUUUUAUAAUAAUGUUCCCAGGGUGUAUAAUGUUUUGAUGAUAAUGUUAAAUGAUAACGUGUCCAGGGUGCAUAACGUUAUAAUAAUGUUUUAAUAAUAACGUGUCCAGGGUGCAUAACGUUUUAAUGAUAAUGUUUUAAUAAUAAUGUGUCCAGGGUGUAUAACAUUUUAAUGAUAAUGUUUUAAUAAUAAUGUGUCCAGGGUGGACAAUGCUUUCCUGAUCAGCCUGGUUGGGUCCAGGGCAGAGCAACACUUCUGGAUUGGUCUCUCCAACCAGAACCACAUCGACGUCUUCACCUGGACCAACAGCAACAGGGUCAGGUACACCCACUGGAACGCACAGAUGCCAGGUACGUGACAACCACAGAGAUAUAUAAUAAUACUGUAUGUAUUGUAGCGACCACGCGUUUGGAAGCGCCGUUUAUCAACACCCCCAAGGGAGCGUGCUUUCUGAGGGGAGUCGAUGGUGCGCAGCGGCAGAAAGUUGACGGUUCACCGCCCACUGGGGAUGAGCUCACUCUCCCCACCUGUUUCAUUGCAAUAUUAUAUAAUGAUAAUGUAUCAUGUCAUUCUAUAAUAUCAAACCUAUUGUAAUUAUUUAGAGAAGAAGGGCAAUGGUGAUCAGAUGUUUAGAUACAAGAUUAUGUACGAUGUCUAUGAAGGAGUAGGACUCUCACUGCAGUUCUAUGGAAGGAGUCUCUUUGCUGUGAAACUGAAUGUUGCUCUGUCUUUGUUGUUCUCUCUCUGCAUCAACUUUGACCUCAGGCAGUAGACAGGGUUGUGUGGCCAUGACAACAGGGACCCUAGCAGGAUUAUGGGAUGUGCUGAGCUGCACCAAUCAGGAGAAGUAUAUAUGUAAACACCUGGCAGAAGGGGCGGGGCCAACACCAGAACCAAUCACACCUGUCCCUCCCAGGUGCCAUGAGGACUGGUAUCCUGUGGGGACUCGAAACUACUGCUUCAAGGUAGACAUCACUUAGAAUUGAACUAAUGUGUAUUAUCACUGCAGUAACAACCUCUAGUUGAGUUAAUGCUGUUCCUCUUCAUUUAACAUCUCUGUAGCCAGGAUCUAAAAUAUAACAAUAUAAUAUAUGCCAUUUAGUAGACGCUUUUAUCCACAGUCAUGCAUGCAUACAUUUUACAGUAUGGGUGGUCCCGGGAAUCAAACCCACUAUCCUGGUCUUGCAAGCGCCAUGUCCUACCAACUGAGCUACAGAGGUUCUAAGUCAUUUAGGAUAACGACCUGGUUAGUCGUCAUAUAAGGAUCUCUUCCUAACUGUAACGGAUCAUGAUCCAGAGACAGUCUGUGUUUCAAAUGAUAACCUUUUCCCUGUGUGGUGCCCAUUGCGUUCUGGUCAAAAGCAGUGCACUGAAUAGGGUGUCUGUCUGUUCCAGUUCUUUACACAGCCUCACGCAGACGAGAAGACCUGGUUUGAGGCUCGGGACUACUGCAGGGUGAUUGGAGGAGACCUACUCAGCAUCCACAGUUCUACGGACCUCCAGUCUAUGAAUCAUGUGUACGUUCUUCAAACAACCUCACUUAAACACUCCAACACACACUUUUUUUUUGAUUAGCAACGAUUCCAACCCCCAAUAAUCUUCGACAGGUCUUAUUCUAGGAUCCAAACAGUCAACCUAUUUUACCCAAGGCUUAGUAACAUCUUUGUUACAGCAUAUGACAGUUAUAUUUCCACCAUCUUCCAGUUUUCUCAAAAAAAGUCCAGUAGGUGGGGCACCAGACAUAGCAUUGAUGUAAUACUGCUAACUCACAUCGACGUAAGUUUUAUUCCCUUGCCAUGGUGAUGAUAUAGUAUUGUUUUGGAGACUGUAGCCAUGGUGAUAAUAUAGUAUUGUUUUGGAGACUGUAGCCAUGGUGAUAAUAUAGUAUUGUUUUGGAGACUGUAGCCAUGGUGAUAAUAUAGUAUUGUUUUGGAGACUGUAGCCAUGGUGAUAAUAUAGUAUUGUUUUGGAGACUGUAGCCAUGGUGAUAAUAUAGUAUUGUUUUGGAGACUGUAGCCAUGGUGAUAAUAUAGUAUUGUUUUGGAUACCCUAGCCAUGGUGAUAAUAUAGUAUUGUUUUGGAGACUGUAGCCAUGGUGAUAAUAUAAUAUUGUUUUGGAUACCCUAGCCAUGGUGAUAAUAUAGUAUUGUUUUGGAGACUGUAGCCAUGGUGAUAAUAUAGUAUUGUUUUGGAGACUGUAGCCAUGGUGAUAAUAUAGUAUUGUUUUGGAGACUGUAGCCAUGGUGAUAAUAUAGUAUUGUUUUGGAGACUGUAGCCAUGUGAUAAUAUAGUAUUGUUUUGGAGACCGUAGCCAUGGUGAUAUAUAGUAUUGUUUUGGAGACUGUAGCCAUGGUGAUAAUAUAGUAUUGUUUUGGAUACCGUAGCCAUAAUGAUAAUAUGAUAUUGUUCUGGAUACCCUAGCCAUGGUGAUAUGAAAUUGUUUUGGAUACCAUAGCCAUGGUGAUAAUAUGAUAUUGUUUUGGAUAACUUAGCCAUGGUGAUAACAUGAUAUUGUUUUGGAUAACUUAGCCAUGAUGGGAUUGCCUGGAUCGGCCUGAGUGCUCAGGACCCCAACGCUGGCUACACCUGGACUGAUGGUGCCAUGAGUUAUGUUACAUAUAAUACUAAUACACUUACAUAUAAUAUACUACUAACUACUAACAUACUACACUACUACUACUACUACUAUCUACUACUACUACUACUACUACUACUACUAUACUAAUACUACUACUAACUAACUACUACUACUACUACUACUACACUACUACUACUACACUACUACACUCUACUACUACUAACUACUACUACUACUACUACUAAUACUACUACUACUACUAAUACUACUACUACUACUACUACUACUACUACUACUACUACUACUACUACUACUACUACUACUACUACUACUACUACUACUACUACUACUACUACUACUACUACUACUACUAAUAAUACUACUACAGCUACUACUACUACUACUACUACUACUACUACUACUACUACUAAUAAUACUAAUACUAAUUAUAAUAAUGUGUUGCUGGUGUUGUUCUUGGACACUUCCAACUGAGCUGCCAUCCAUGUUGGCUGAUGUUUGUCCUUGAGGAAUGUUCAUGAUUGUCUGUAAUAGGUUUGAAGUAUUGUUGAUCAGAAGUCUACCUCAUGGGAAAGUUUAUCUUACAAAUGUGUUUGUCCUCAGCUGUCCUUCCAACACUGGAUGGAGGGGGAACCCAACAACUACAACGGCGUGGAGUCCUGUGCUGAGAUGAGAAACUCUUUCUGGGAUGAAGAGGGAUCCUGGAAUGAUGUAAACUGUGAGGGCUACAAUGACUGGCUGUGUGAGAUCCCUAAAGGUAAUGUACUGAAUGGAGUCUCUCAGUCUGACUCUGGCUGUGUGAGAUCCCUAAAGGUAAUGUACUGAAUGGAGUCUCUCAGUCUGACUGUGGCUGUGUGAGAUCCCUAAAGGUAAUGUACUGAAUGGAGUCUCUCAGUCUCUCCAGUCUGACUGUGGCUGUGUGAGAUCCUUAAAGGUAAUGUACUGAAUGGAGUCUCUCAGUCUGACUCUGGCUGUGUGAGAUCCCUAAAGGUAAUGUACUGAAUGGAGUCUCUCAAUAGACCACAUGUAGCGCACUACUUUUGACCAGGGCCCAUGAGGUAUGGUCAAAACUACAACACUAUAACAGGAAUAGGAAGACAUUUAGGACUCUGUCUGUUGGACAUCAGUAUUUUAGUGGACCUCAUGUGCAUGAUGAGUAAACCUACUGGGACCAGAAGGCUUUAGCUUAGUGAGCUAACACAGUCUUCUCUCUCUCCUCCUCUCUUCUCCGUUCUCCUCCGUUCUCCUCCUUCUUCUCCGUUCUCCUCCUCUCUCCUCCGUUCUCCUCCUCUCUCCUCCUUCUCCUCCGUCUCCUCCUCUCUCCUCCUCUCUUCUCCUCUCUUCUCCGUUCUCCUCCUCUCCUCUCUUCUCAUUGCAGGAGUGACCCCACUACCUCCUCCCAACAACACCGUCCCUGGUAAGUCCCCUUGACAGUAACACAUCCCAUAGCUCUCAGGACUCCCUGGAAAAUAAUGGCAAGUGUUGAUGAGUCGUCUAUCAUGCCUACAUAAAUCAAAUGAAUGAAUGAAUGCAUGAAUGAAUGAAUUAAUGAAUGAGCUCACCACAUUAAAAAUAUAAAUAUUUUGGCCAAGCAGAUAAGUUCCUUCUAGAGACCAAGCAGAUAAGUCCCCUUUCUAGAGACCAAGCAGAUAGUCCCUUUCUAGAGACAAGCAGAUAAGUCAUAUCUAGAGACCAAGCAGAUAAGUCAUCUCUAGAGACCAACAGAUAAGUCCCCUCCAGAAACCAAGCAGAUAAGUUCCUUCUAGAGACCAAGCAGAUAAGUCCCCUUUCUAGAGACCAAGCAGAUAAGUCCCCUUUCUAGAGACCAAGCAGAUAAGUCCCUUCUAGAGACCAAGCAGAUAAGUCCCCUUUCUAGAGACCAAGCAGAUAAGUCCCCUUUCUAGAGACCAAGCAGAUAAGUCCCAUUCUAGAACCAAGCAGAGAAGUCCCCUUUCUAGAGACCAAGCAGAUAAGUCCCCUUUCUAGAGACCAAGCAGAUAAGUCCCCUUUCUAGAGACCAAGCAGAUAAGUCCCCUUUCUAGAGACCAAGCAGAUAAGUCCCCUUUCUAGAGACCAAGCAGAUAAGUCCCCUUUCUAGAGACCAAGCAGAUAAGUUCCCUUUCUAGAGACCAAGCAGAUAAGUCAUAUCUAGAGACCAAGCAGAUAAGUCAUCUCUAGAGACCAAGCAGAUAAGUCCCCUCCAGAAACCAAGCAGAUAAGUUCCUUCUAGAGACCAAGCAGAUAAGUCCCCUCCAGAAACCAAGCAGAUAAGUUCCUUCUAGAGACCAAGCAGAUAAGUCCCCUCCAGAAACCAAGCAGAUAAGUUCCUUCUAGAGACCAAGCAGCUAAGUCCCCUUUCUAGAGGGGACUCAUGUGCUUGGUCUAGACUCUAGGGGCACUGAUCUGCUUGGUUUCAGGAGGGGACGUAUCUGCUUGGUCUCUAGGGGGACUUAUCUGCUUGGUCUGUAGUCUGUAGUCCAGACCAAGCAAAUAAGUCCUCUCUGGAGUCUCCAAGCAGAGAUGAUUCAGAUUCAGACUGAUAUGAGUAUUUUCUAAUCCUGUCUAGAGUAUAAUGUGACAGAGGAUGGCUGGCUGGAGUACGGAGGCUCUCAAUAUUACUUUAAUACUGAAAUGCUGGCCAUGGAGGAUGCCAGAUACUACUGUCAGCAGAGGCAUGGGGACCUCGUAGUUAUCGACGGACAAAACGAAAAUACAUUUCUGUGGAAAAAGGUAAACACCUAUAGUUUCGUUAUAGUCCUGCCUUUAAACACAUUGGCAGAGCUAUAUACACUGAGUGCACAAAACAUUAAGAACACCAUUCUAAUAUUGAGUUGCACCCCCUUUUGCCCUCAAUUCGUCGGGGCUUGGACUCUACAUGGUGUCGAAAUCCAUAUCUCAAUUGUCUCCAGGCUUAAAAAUCUUUAUUUAACCUGUCUCCUCCCCUUCAUCUACAUUGAUUGAAGUGGAUAUAACAAAUGACAUCAAUAAGGGAUCAUAUCUUUCACCUGGAUUCACCUGGUCAGUCUAUGUCAUGGAAAGAGCAGGUGUUCUUACUGUUUUGUGCACUCUUUGUGUGAGAGAGAAGAGAGAGGGAGAGAGAGAUGCUCAGCAGGCUCUGCUCACACUUACUGGUCUGAGGCCAAACCACACGACUAACAACAUUGGACACUUUAUGGAGCACAAAGCCAUCACUAUUUCAUCCUGGAAUAUCCAAGGCCUGAGGUCAUCUGCCUUUGGCCUAAAGAGUAGGAACCUGGACUUCACCAAAUAAAUCAGAAAUAAAGACAUUGUCAUCCUACAAGAAACAUGGUAUAGAGGAGACGGACCCACUGGUUGCCCUCUAGGUUACAGAGAGCUGGUAGUCCAAUCCACCAAACUACCAGGAGUAAAACAGGGAAGGGACUCAGGGGGUAUGCUAAUUUGGUAUAGAGCAGACCUAACUCACUCUAUUCAAUUAAUCAAAACAGGAACAUUUUACAUUUGGCUAGAAAUUCUAAAGGAAAUUAUCUCAACAGAGAAAUAUAUCCUCCUGUGUGCUACCUAUAUCCCCCCACUAGAAUCCCCAUACUUUAAUGAAGACAGCUUCUCCAUCCUGGAUGGGGAAUUCAAUCACUUCCAGGCCCAGGGACAUGUACUAGUCUGUGGUGACCUAAAUGCCAGAACUGGACAAGAACCUGACACCCUCAGCACACAGGGGGAAAAACACCUACCUGGAGGUGACAGCAUUCCCUCCCCCAUAUGCCCCCCUAGACACAACUAUAACAACAUAACCAAUAAAAACGGGUCACGACUCCAGCAGCUCUGUCGCAUGCUGGGUAUGUACAUAGUCAAUGGUAGGCAUCGAGGGGACUCCUACGGUAGGUACACCUAUAGCUCAUCUCUUGGAAGUAGUACUGUAGACUACUUUAUCACUGACCUCAACCCAGAGUCUCUCAGAGUGUUCAUAGUCAGCUCACUGACACCCCUAUCAGACCACAGCAAAAGCACAGUCUACUUGAACAGAGCAAUACUCAAUCAUGGGGCAUCAAAGCCAAAGGAACUGAAUAAUAUUAAGAAAUGCUAUAUAUGGAAGGAAAGUAGUGUGGAAACCUACCAGAAAACAAUUAGGCAACAACAAAUUAAAUCCCUUUUAGACAACUUCCUGGACAAAACAUUUCACUGUAAUAGUGAAGGUGUAAACUUGGCAGUAGAAAACCUGAACAGUAUAUUUGACCUCUCAGCUUCCCUAUCAAAUCAAACAAUUUCAAGCAGACAACCUAAGAAAAUUAACAGCAAUGACAAAAUGGUUUGAUGAAGAAUGCAAAAACCUAAGAAAGAAAUUGAGAAACCUAUCCAACCAAAAACAUAGAAACCCAGAAAACCUGAACCUACGCCUUCACUAUGGUGAAUCACUAAAACAAUACAGAAAUACACUACGGAAAAAGAAGGAACAACAUGUCAGAAAUCAGCUCAAUGUAAUUGAAGAAUCCAUAGACUCUAACCACUUCUGGGAAAAUUGGAAAACACUAAACAAACAACAACACGAAGUGUUAGCUAUCCAAAAUGGAGACGUAUGGGUAAACCACUUCUCCAAUCUUUUCGGCCCUAUAUCAAAGAACAAACAAAAAAAACAUAUACAUGAUCAAAUACAAAUCUUAGAAUCAACUAUUAAAGACUACCAGAACCCACUGGAUUCUCCAAUUACAUUGAAUGAACUACAGGACAAAAUACAAACCCUCCAACCCAAAAAGACCUGUGGUGUUGAUGGUAUCCUCAAUGAAAUGAUAAAAUAUACAGAACACAAAUUCUAAUUGGCUAUACUUAAACUCUUUAACAUCAUCCUUAGCUCUGGCAUCUUCCCCAAUAUUUGGAACCAAGGACUGAUAACCCCAAUCCACAAAAGUGGAGUCAAAUUUGACCCCAAUAACUACCGUGGGAAAUGUUUCAACAGCAACCUUGGGAAAAUCCUCUGCAUUAUCAUUAACAGCAGACUAGUUCAUUUCCUCAGUGAAAACAAUGUACUGAGCAAAUGUCAAAUUGGCUUUCUACCAAAUUACCGUAUGACAGACCACGUAUUCACCCUGCACACCCUAACUGACAAACAAACAACCAAAACAAAGGCAAAGUCUUCUCAUGCUUUGUUGAUUUCAAAAACUCAAUUUGGCAUGAGGGUCUGCUAUACAAAUUGAUGGAAAGUGGUGUUGGGGGAAAAACAUACAAAAUUAAAAUCCAUGUACACAAACAACAAGUGUGCGGUUAAAAUUGGCAAAAAAACACACACAUUUCUUUCCACAGGGCAUUGGGGUGAGACAGGAAUGCAGCUUAAGCCCCACCCUCUUCAACAUAUAUAUCAACGAAUUGGCGAGGGCACUAGAACAGUCUGCAGCACCCGGCCUCACCCUACUAGAAUCUGAAGUCAAAUGUUUACUGUUUGCUGAUGAUCUGGUGCUUCUGUCACCAACCAAGGAUGGCCUACAGCAGCACCUAGAUCUUUUGCACAGAUUCUGUCAGACCUGGGCCUGACAGUAAAUCUCAGUAAGACAAAAAUAGGACCACAAAUACAAAUUCCAUCUAGACACCGCUGCCCUAAAGCACACAAAAAACGAUACAUACCUCGGCCUAAACAUCAGCGCCACAGGUAACUUCCACAAAGCUGUGAACGAUCUGAGAGACAAGGCAAGAAGGGCCUUCUAUGCCAUCAAAAGGAACAUAACAUUUGACAUACCAAUUAGGAUCUGGCUAAAAAUACUUAAAUCAGUUAUAGAACCCAUUGCCCUUUAUGGUUCUGAGGUCUGGGGUCUGCUCACCAACCAAGAAUUCACAAAAUGGGACAAACACCAAAAUGAGACUCUGCAUGCAGAAUUCUACAAAAAUAUCCUCCAUGUACAACGAAAAACACAAAUAAUGCAUGCAGAGCAGAAUUAGGUCAAUACCCGCUAAUUAUCAAAAUCCAGAAAAGAGACGUUAAAUUCUUCAACCACCUUAAAGGAAGCGAUUCCCAAACCUUCCAUAACAAAGCCAUCACCUACAGAGAGAUGAACCUGGAGAAGAGUCCUCUAAGCAAGCUGGUCCUGGGGCUCUGUUCACAAACACAAACAGACCCCACAGAGGCCCCAGGACAGCAACACAAUUAGACCCAACCAAAUCAUGAGAAAACAAAAAGAUAAUUACUUGACACAUUCGAAAUAAUUAACAAAAAAACAUCGCAAACUAGAAUGCUAUUUGGCGCUAAACGAAGCGUACACAGUGGCAGAAUACCUGACCACUGUGACUGACCCAAACUUAAGGAAAGCUUAGACUAUGUACAGACUCAGUAAGCAUAGCCUUGCUAUUGAGAAAGGCCGCCGUAGGCAGACCUGGCUCUCAAGAGAAGACAGGCUAUGUGCACACUGCCCACAAAAUGAGGUGGAAACUGAGCUGCACUUCCUAACCUCCUGCCAAAUGUAUGACCAUAUUAGAGACACAUAUUUCCCUCAGAUUACACAGACCAACAAAGAUCUCGAAAACAAAUCCAAUUUUGAUAAACUCCCAUAUCUACUGGGUGAAAAACCACAGUGUGCCAUCACAGCAGCAAGAUUUGUGACCUGUUGCCACAAGAAAAGGGCAACCAGUGAAGAACAAACACCAUUGUAAAUACAACCCAUAUUUAUGUUUAUUUAUUUUCCAUUUUGUGCUUUUGCACAUAAUGACAUUUGAAAUUUUAUUUUGGAACUUUUGUGAGUGUAAUUUUACUGUUAAUUGUUAUUGUUUAUUUCACUUUUGUUUAUUAUCUAUUACACUUGCUUGAGAGAGAGAGAGAGAGAGAGAGAGAGAGGAGAGAAGAGAGAUCGCGAUUAGAGCGAGAGAGAGAUAGAGAUCGAGAACAAUGUAUGCUCUAUAUAGAGAGAUUAGAUCUAGAGAUAGAGAGAGUCAUACGAGCCUAUCGAGGAGAGAGAAGAUAUAGAGUAUCAUAGGCUCAUGUUUUAAUGUUAAUUGUUAUUUUUCAGAUAAAUAAAGAGCGUUUGGGAACCCAUUACAUCGGGCUAACAGUUGAUCUUGAUCGGUCUUUCGGGUGAGUAUAAAACGAGUAAAUAGAUUUUCAAAUAAACUAAACUAAUGGUGUCAAACUGCUGUUCUGUUGCUGCGUUCUUGACAUUUUAAAAACUCUGAAAUACAAGCUUCCUUUGUGGGAGAAAUCGAUUUGAAAGGCACUCCAAUUGGAGACUCAGACAUAACUUACCAAAACAUUAUUUAUCCAAAUCAAUCUAUUUGGAUGUUUAUUUAACACAAUAAUUUGGUUGAGAGCGUGACGGCUGCACUUUUUGUUUAUGGUUGACGUAGCUAGUUAGACAUUAGCCAGUUGGUGUUCUCAACGAUUUCAAAGCAUGUGAAUGCACACAAAUAAUUGCUCCGAGUUUAGAAGUUGUAUUUCCGAACAUUCCGUCAUGUCAUGAAUGCAUCAUAUUUGCCGUGUUCUUUCUGUGUUCAAUGUCUUGUGUGUUUCUGAGUUCUUGUGUUCUGAGUUCUGUGUUCUGAGUCCUUGUGUUCUUUGUUCUGGGUUCUUGUGUUCUUUGUUCUGCGUUCCAUGUUUCGUGCAGAGGCGAAGCCACGGCAGUGCCAGGCUGGGCAGAGGCUGAAUACUGGCCCACCCAAUCAGGAUGGCUUAAAAUAUAUUUUUAAAAGAAAAAAUGAAAGAAAUGAAUUUGAUUUGUCGUUUGUAUUGCUUCCUUACUAAUCAGAAAUGUUGAAAAAUGCAGUAGGAGGUUCCAGGGAUACCCCCCCCCAAAAAAAACAACAACAACAACAACAACAACACACACACACACAUACAGUGCCUUCAGAAAGUAUUCAUACCCCUUGACAGAUUCCACAUUUUGUUGUUACAGCCUGAAUUCAAAAUUGAUUAAAUCGUUUUUUUCUCUCACAAAUCUACACACAAUACCCCAUAAUGACAAAGUGCAAACUUGUUUUUAGACAUUUGUACACAUUUAUUGAAAAUGAAAUACAGAAAUAUAUCAUUUACAUAAGUAUUCCCACCCCUGAGUCAAUACAUGUUAGAAUCACCCUUGGCAGCGAUUGCAGCUGUGAGUCUUUCUGGGUAAGUCUCUAAGAGCUUUCCACACCUGGAUUGUGCAACAUUUUCCCAUUAUUCUUAAAAAAAUUAUUCAAGCUCUGUCAAAUUGGUUGUUGAUCAUUGCUAGACAAACACUUUCAAGUCUUGUCAUAGAUUUUCAAGCUGAUUUAAGUCAAAACUGUAACUCAGCCACUCAGGAACAUUCACGGUCUUCUUGAUAAGCAACUCCAGUGUAGAUUUGGCCUUGUGUUUUAGGUUAUUGUCCUGCUGAAAGGCUGAAAGGUUAAUUCAUUUCCCAGUGUCUGGUGGAAAGCAGACUGAACCAGGUUUUCUUCUAGGAUUUUGCUUGUGCUUCGCUUCAUUCCAUUUCUUUUAUCCUGAAAAACUCCCCAGUCCUUAACGAUUACAAGCAUACCCAUAACAUGAUGCAGUCACCACCAUGCUUGAAAAUAUGGAGAGUGGUACUCAGUAAUGUGUUGUAUUGGAUUUGCCCCAAACAUAACACUUUGUAUUCAGGACAAAAAGUUAAAUGCUUUGCCAAAUUUUUUUGCAAAAUUACUUUAGUGCCUUGUUGCAAACAGGAUGCAUUAUUUGGAAAAAAAAUGUAUUCAGUACAUGCUUCCUUCUUUUCACUCUGUCACGAUCGUUGACAGAUGAAGCGGACCAAGGCGCAGCGUGAUAAGCGUACAUUCUUUAUUUGUGUACACAACACGAACCAAAACAAUAAACAAACGAUACGUGAAGUCCUAGGUUACAACACAAACCUUUCGGAACAAGAUCCCACCAAAUACUAGUGCCAAACAGGCUGCCUAAGUAUGGUCCCCAAUCAGAGACAACGAGCUACAGCUGCCUCUGAUUGGGAACCACCCUGGCCAACAUAGAUCAAAACGAACUAGAACCUAAAACAUAGAAAACAAAACAUAGAAAAUCCACACCCUGGCUCAACAUAUAAGAGUCCCCAGAGCCAGGGCGUGACACACUCUGUCAUUUAGGUUAGUAUUGUGGAUUAACUACAGUGUUGUUGAUCCAUCCUCAGUUUUCUCCUAUCACAGUGAUUCAACUCAGUAACUGUUUUAAUGUCACCAUUGGCCUCAUGGUGAAAUCCCGGAACGGUUUCCUUCCUCUCCGGCAUCUUAGUUACUGACGCCUGUACUUUGUAGUGACUGGGUGUACACCAUCCAAAGUGUAAUUAAUAACUUCACCGUGCUCAAAGGGAUAUUCAAUAUCUGAUAUUCAAUAUCUUAUGUUCUGAGUUCUUGUGUUCCGUGUUCUGAGUUCUCGUGUUCUGAGUUCUCAUGUUCUUGAAUCUUCUUGUGUUCUUGUGUUCUUAGUUCUUAUGUUCUGUGUUCUUGUGUUCUGAGUUCUUGUGUUCUAAGUUCUGAGUUAUUGUGUUCCGUGUUCUGUCCAGGUGGAUGGACGGUUCCCCAGCAGUGUACCAGAGAUGGGACAACAACCAGCCGGACUUCAAGAACAACGAUGAGAACUGUGUUGCCAUGUAUGCCUCCAUGGGUGAGCUAAAGAUGAGAUGAGGCCCAUAAUUGAUCCUCUCUUAUAAGAACUUGCAUUGAGUUAUUUUAAUUCUGAAUCUGGGGGGUGGUUACCACAGAACUCAAGGGCAUGACUAGGUCUACUAUAACUGUGUGUCUGUGUCUUCAGGUUUCUAGGAUGACUAUAACUGUGUGUCUGUGUCUUCAGGUUUCUAGGAUGACUAUAACUGUGUGUCUGUGUCUUCAGGUUUCUAGGAUGACUAUAACUGUGUGUCUGUGUCUUCAGGUUUCUAGGAUGACUAUAACUGUGUGUCUGUGUCUUCAGGUUUCUAGGAUGACUAUAACUGUGUGUCUGUGUCUUCAGGUUUCUGGCAUGACUAUAACUGUGUGUCUGUGUCUUCAGGUUUCUAGGAUGACUAUAACUGUGUGUCUGUGUCUUCAGGUUUCUAGGAUGACUAUAACUGUGUGUCUGUGUCUUCAGGUUUCUGGCAUGACUAUAACUGUGGCACCCAAAUGAGGUCCAUCUGUGAGAGGAUUGGUUCCCCCCCAGCGAACAGCACUGUGGCCCCUACUGCCCCCCCCACAGGAGGCUGUCCCCCGGAAUGGACCCUCUACCAGUCUAAGGUCAGAGAUCACAGGUCACACAGGAAGAGUGUUAUAAUAAUGUAAUAAUAAUUUAAUGUUAAAAGUCUUUCACAUGAAAACAGACGAUACAGUUUUACUACAGGCUUUGGGAAUGAAAGUCUAACUCUAAGUGUUUGCCUAUAGUCAAUCAACUUUAAUUAAUCAAGUUGAUGUAUUGCUUAUUGAUUUGUUUAUAGUGCUACAAACUGAUUGGACACCGGGUACCUAGUACCUGGCUCGAGGCCAGAUCGUUCUGCCAAUCCAUGGGCGCAAACCUGGCGUCCAUCGCCAAUAGGAGGGAGCAAGGUUGGUGAGAUGCUUUUAACCCAAUGACCCUUCAUCUGUGGCCGUCUAAGCCGUUGCCUCUGGAUCACAUCUACGAUGUGCCGCUGGGGGUUUGAAUCCGGCCCACUGCUCUUUCAUCACUCUUUGUCCUACCUUUAACCUUUCACCUCUAUCUAUCCUAAAACAUACAAAACACUUCAAUAAAACCAGUGGUGGAAAAAGUACCCAAUUGUCAUACUUGAGUAAAAGUAAAGAUACCUUAAUAGAAAAUGACUCAAGUAAAAGUGAAAGUCACCCAGUAAAAUACUACUUGAGUAAAAGUCUAAAAGUAUUUGUUUUUAAAUAUACUUAAGUAUCAAAAGUAAAUGUAAUUGCUAAAAUAUACUUAAGUAUCAAAAGUAUAAGUAUAAAAUCAUUUGAAAUUCCUUAUAUGAAGCAAACCAGACGGCACCAUUUUCUUGUUUUUUUAUUUAUGGGUAGCCAGGGGCACACUCCAACACUCAGACAUAAUUGACAAACUAAGCAUUUGUGUUUAGUGAGUCCUCCAGAUCAGAGGCAGUAGGGAUUUUCUUGAUAAGUGUGUGAAUUGGACAAUGUUCCUGUCCUGCUAAGCAUUCAAAAUGUAACGAGUACUUUUGGCCGUCAGGGAAAAUGUAUGGAGUAAAAAGUACAUUAUUUUCUUUAGGAAUGUAGUGAAGUAAAAGUAAAAGUUGUCCAAAAUAUAAAUAGUAAAGUGCAGAUACCCCAAAAACUACUUAAGUAGUACUUUAAAGUUUUUUUUAUUAAGUACUUUACACCACUGCAAAAUAUAUACUGUAUAUACUGAAUGAACAGUCAUCUUCUCUUUGACAGGCAGGUAGUUAACGCCCACAGACAACGCCACUGACUCUAAACUGUCAAACUGAUCAACUGACCCAUUACAGACAGUCAUACACAUAAAGACCCCAUGGAUACUGCUAUAAAUGUUAGUAGCACCUUGUUUUACAGACGAAAAUGACAGUACCAUCAAAUAAAGGAACAGCCAAAUAUCAGUCAGUCAGUGUUGAUCCAACCAACUCUCUCUCCUGUGGGUUGUAACCAUAGAGAUAGAAAGAGGGCUCUGGAUGGAUUGAGGGCUUCCACCAUUUUAAAGUAGUCAGCUGGGUGGGGGUUCCUAUGGGUUGAGAGCGAUCAGCCAAUGAUCAGAGCAUUGUCUUCUUCUUCACAUUUGGGUUGCCUAUGGUUUGUCAAUGAGGAAGAAAAUUGACCACUUUAAAAUGGAGAUAACCCUUCAUUGCGCUGCCCAUAGACAUAGAGGAUAUAACCCGUUUUUAUCAUGGACAUUGCCAGUGUUAUUUGACAUCAUCCACCAUUUUUAAGUAGUCAGCUGGGUGGGGGUUCCUAUGGGCUGUAGCCUCAAUGAGCUGCCCACGCUGUCACAGACGCUAUAAUGGCACAGAUACAAAGAUGAGUCCUCUAUCUGUCUCUAUGGUUGCAGUGUUUCUGACGACCCAGAUGACUAGUGUGGCCACUGACCUGUGGAUUGGACUGAGUAACUUAAACCGGGACAGGUUUGUUUGGACCGAUGGCCAGGCAGUCAAAUACUUAAACUGGGAUCCCAAUAAGGUAUGCAUGUAUGCACACAUUUACCUAAUCAAUGAGGCCCGCGGGGGGGGGGGGGGGGGGGGGGUGCUAUAUGGCCAAUAUACCACAGCUGGUCGUAGGGGUGACGCGAAGCAGACAUUUAUGCAUUUACAUAUAAACAAAACAUUCACAUAGACAUAGACAAUGUUCCGUCUAAGCUGCAGAGAAGCACGAAAUUGAACUUCACUCACCUUUCUUGAGUUUUCCCCUUUAGUUAACACUAUCAAUGUUCAGCUGUACUGUGGGAAUUGUGAUCGAAUCAACGCAAUGUUAGCCAAUUUCAAUGUAACAUACCCACACAAAACGAACUAUGCAAGAGAUUUUCUUGUAGGCAGAACCCAUUGGAGUAGGAUUCUAUUGCAUUGACAGGCACGACUCAGCCCUUACUCUACACAGACCGGUCCGGCAUAACCAAUCAGAGCUGCAAUAGGCCUAUAUGCAAAUAGCCAUUGUCAUAUAUGGAUCUGUGCCGUUCACUUUGAACUGGACUGUGUUUAGGCUACAGAUGUGUUAGUUUACUUUGAGCCUGGAACACUGGGUGGCAUACUGGACGUGAUGUGUUAGUUUACUUUGAGCCUGGAACACUGGGUGGCAUACUGGACGUGAUGUGUUAGUUUACUUUGAGCCUGGAACACUGGGUGGCAUACUGGACGUGAUGUGUUAGUUUACUUUGAGCCUGGAACACUGGGUGGCAUACUGGACGUGAUGUGUUAGUUUACUUUGAGCCUGGAACACUGGGUGGCAUACUGGACGUGAUGUGUUAGUUUACUUUGAGCCUGGAACACUGGGUGGCAUACUGGACGUGAUGUGUUAGUUUACUUUGAGCCUGGAACACUGGGUGGCAUACUGGACGUGAUGUGCUAGUUUACUUUGAGCCUGGAACACUGGGUGGCAUACUGGACGUGAUGUGUUAGUUUACUUUGAGCCUGGAACACUGGGUGGCAUACUGGACGUGAUGUGUUAGUUUACUUUGAGCCUGGAACACUGGGUGGCAUACUGGACGUGAUGUGUUAGUUUACUUUGAGCCUGGAACACUGGGUGGCAUACUGGACGUGAUGUGCUAGUUUACUUUGAGCCUGGAACACUGGGUGGCAUACUGGACGUGAUGUGUUAGUUUACUUUGAGCCUGGAACACUGGGUGGCAUACUGGACGUGAUGUGUUAGUUUACUUUGAGCCUGGAACACUGGGUGGCAUACUGGACGUGAUGUGUUAGUUUACUUUGAGCCUGGAACACUGUGUGGCAUACUGGACGUGAUGUGUUAGUUUACUUUGAGCCUGGAACACUGGGUGGCAUACUGGACGUGAUGUGUUAGUUUACUUUGAGCCUGGAACACUGGGUGGCAUACUGGACGUGAUGUGUUAGUUUACUUUGAGCCUGGAACACUGGGUGGCAUACUGGACGUGAUGUGCUAGUUUACUUUGAGCCUGGAACACUGGGUGGCAUACUGGACGUGAUGUGCUAGUUUACUUUGAGCCUGGAACACUGGGUGGCAUACUGGACGUGAUGUGUUAGUUUACUUUGCAAAUCUUAUCCCUAAGCCAAUAAUGUCUCUUAAUAAAUACCAUUCAUGUAUAAUAUUUUGUUUCUUAAUUUUAGAAUACCACUAACAUAUAUCAUUUGGCUUGUUUAAUUGUAGAUUUUCUUAGAUCUAUUUUUCUCUCAGUCUAAUAAGGUAAGACCCAUUUAAACUAACUAUCACUCAAAAUGAGAAUUACACAGAAUAAAUCUGAUAUAAUAACAAUAAAAAUAAUAUAUUAAUAAUGUAUUAUUUAAUGUGCUAGCCAUACAUUUUGCUCAAAGCUAUACUAUAUGACAGAAUGAAGUCUGUGACUGUGAAUGUUGUGUUGGCAUUGAUCAUCUUUCUCUCACUGUCAGUGUUUUGUGAUGGCCAGUUCCUCAUCCAUCUUGGGGAAAUGGCAGCACAGGUCCUGCAACGAUGCACACGGCUUCAUCUGUCAGCGCAAAGUUGGUGAGUAAAGAAAGGAGGAGAAGGAUGAGAAAAACGAAGAAGCUAAGAAGAAAAAGCAGUUAGAGAGAGAGAGAGAGAAAGAAGGAAGGGGAAGAAAGAAGAAUUCUUUCUCCCUCCUCCUCCUCCUCCUCCUCCUCUCUCUCUCCCUCCUCCUUCUCCUCCUCUUCUUUCUCCCUCCUCCUCCUCCUCAUCCUCAUCCUCCUCCUCCUCUUCUCUCUCUCUCCUCCUCCUCCUCAUCCUCCUCCUCCUCUUCUUUCUCUCUCCUCCUCCUCCUCCUCCUCCUCUUCCCCCUUCUCUUUUUCUCUUCUUCCUCCUUCUUCUUGUCUCCAUCCUCAGCCCUCUGAUUUGUGAUGUGACUAACUGUUACUCUGCCCUCCUAGACUCAGGCAUCCCGAUCCCAGCCCCGACAGCGUUACCUAGAGGAUGGGUGAAGCUGGCCAACGACUCCUACAUGGUGCUGCCCCGGAACCAGACAUGGCCCGAGGCCCGGAAGCAGUGUGAGGCCGAGGAGGGCCAGCUGGCUAGCACCCUGGACGAACUGUCAGUAGCCUACCUGGAGCUGCAGGCUCUGAAGCUGCAGUCACCACUGUGGAUCGGACUCAAUAGGAAUGAGGUAGAGUACUAGCUACUACUACUAGUUACUGGUACCUUUCUCCUCACUGCUGGCUGUCUCUUCAGGUGCAACAGACUCCUCAUCAGAAUAGGGCAGGUUACUGGUACCUUUCUCCUCACUGCUGGCUGUCUCUUCAGGUGCAACAGACUCCUCAUCAGAAUAGGGCAGCUUACUGGUACCUUUCUCCUCACUGCUAGAUAGUGUGACCAACUGGGUUUCAACCACAGGGUCGUUUACAGCACCACACAACAAAAACUGUGUUAGCCCUCUGAGAUAAAGCCUAGGCAUUAUCUAAGGAGCAUAACGUUACGUUUUCAGAUGAUCAAGACAGGCUACUGUACUGUAAUAUAACAGAUGCAAUUUAUCAGAUGCUUUAUCCAAAGCGACUUACAGUCAUGCGUGAAUACAUUUUCGCGUGGGUGGCCCCAGCGGGAAUCAAACCCACGAUCCUGAAGUUGGAAGCGCAAUGCUCAACCAACUGACUUACAGCUGUAGUGGGGGUUUUUUUCAGACGCAAGGCUACUUCAGGUGGAUGGACGGCUGGCCCCUGAGCCUGGCCAAGUGGGCCCAAGGGGAGCCCAGCAGAGAACGGCCCUGUGUCUACCUGGACGUGGAAGGCACCUGGAAGACAGCCCUCUGUAACCACACCUACCCCAGUGUGUGUAAGCAAUCCUCAGGUGAGAGAGUCACCUACCCCAGUGUGUUAGUAGUCACCAGGUGAGACAGUCACCUACCCCAGUGUGUUAGUAGUCACCAGGUGAGUCAGUCACCUACCCCAGUGUGUUAGUAGUCACCAGGUGAGUCAGUCACCUACCCCAGUGUGUUGGUAGUCACCAGGUGAGUCAGUCACCUACCCCAGUGUGUUAGUAGUCACCAGGUGAGACAGUCACCUACCCCAGUGUGUUAGUAGUCACCAGGUGAGUCAGUCACCUACCCCAGUGUGUUAGUAGUCACCAGGUGAGACAGUCACCUACCCCAGUGUGUUAGUAGUCACCAGGUGAGACAGUCACCUACCCCAGUGUGUUAGUAGUCACCAGGUGAGACAGUCACCUACCCCAGUGUGUUAGUAGUCACCAGGUGAGACAGUCACCUACCCCAGUGUGUUAGUAGUCACCAGGUGAGUCAGUCACCUACCCCAGUGUGUUAGUAGUCACCAGGUGAGAUAGUCACCUACCCCAGUGUGUUAGUAGUCACCAGGUGAGACAGUCACCUACCCCAGUGUGUUAGUAGUCACCAGGUGAGUCAGUCACCUACCCCAGUGUGUUAGUAGUCACCAGGUGAGACAGUCACCUACCCCAGUGUGUUAGUCACCAGGUGAGAUAGUCACCUACCCCAGUGUGUUAGUAGUCACCAGGUGAGACAGUCACCUACCCCAGUGUGUUAGUAGUCACCAGGUGAGUCAGUCACCUACCCCAGUGUGUUAGUAGUCACCAGGUGAGUCAGUCACCUACCCCAGUGUGUUAGUAGUCACCAGGUGAGAUAGUCACCUACCCCAGUGUGUUAGUAGUCACCAGGUGAGACAGUCACCUACCCCAGUGUGUUAGUAGUCACCAGGUGAGACAGUCACCUACCCCAGUGUGUUAGUAGCCACCAGGUGAGACAGUCACCUACCCCAGUGUGUUAGUAGUCACCAGGUGAGACAGUCACCUACCCCAGUGUGUUAGUAGUCACCAGGUGAGUCAGUCACCUACCCCAGUGUGUUAGUAGUCACCAGGUGAGACAGUCACCUACCCCAGUGUGUUAGUAGUCACCAGGUGAGAUAGUCACCUACCCCAGUGUGUUAGUAGUCACCAGGUGAGACAGUCACCUACCCCAGUGUGUUAGUAGUCACCAGGUGAGUCAGUCACCUACCCCAGUGUGUUAGUAGUCACCAGGUGAGACAGUCACCUACCCCAGUGUGUUAGUCACCAGGUGAGAUAGUCACCUACCCCAGUGUGUUAGUAGUCACCAGGUGAGACAGUCACCUACCCCAGUGUGUUAGUAGUCACCAGGUGAGAUAGUCACCUACCCCAGUGUGUUAGUAGUCACCAGGUGAGACAGUCACCUACCCCAGUGUGUUAGUAGUCACCAGGUGAGUCAGUCACCUACCCCAGUGUGUUAGUAGUCACCAGGUGAGACAGUCACCUACCCCAGUGUGUUAGUAGUCACCAGGUGAGAUAGUCACCUACCCCAGUGUGUUAGUAGUCACCAGGUGAGACAGUCACCUACCCCAGUGUGUUAGUAGUCACCAGGUGAGUCAGUCACCUACCCCAGUGUGUUAGUAGUCACCAGGUGAGACAGUCACCUACCCCAGUGUGUUAGUAGUCACCAGGUGAGACAGUCACCUACCCCAGUGUGUUAGUAGUCACCAGGUGAGACAGUCACCUACCCCAGUGUGUUAGUAGUCACCAGGUGAGUCAGUCACCUACCCCAGUGUGUUAGUAGUCACCAGGUGAGACAGUCACCUACCCCAGUGUGUUAGUAGUCACCAGGUGAGAUAGUCACCUACCCCAGUGUGUUAGUAGUCACCAGGUGAGACAGUCACCUACCCCAGUGUGUUAGUAGUCACCAGGUGAGUCAGUCACCUACCCCAGUGUGUUAGUAGUCACCAGGUGAGACAGUCACCUACCCCAGUGUGUUAGUAGUCACCAGGUGAGACAGUCACCUACCCCAGUGUGUUAGUAGUCACCAGGUGAGACAGUCACCUACCCCAGUGUGUUAGUAGUCACCAGGUGAGUCAGUCACCUACCCCAGUGUGUUAGUAGUCACCAGGUGAGACAGUCACCUACCCCAGUGUGUUAGUAGUCACCAGGUGAGAUAGUCACCUACCCCAGUGUGUUAGUAGUCACCAGGUGAGACAGUCACCUACCCCAGUGUGUUAGUAGUCACCAGGUGAGUCAGUCACCUACCCCAGUGUGUUAGUAGUCACCAGGUGAGACAGUCACCUACCCCAGUGUGUUAGUCACCAGGUGAGAUAGUCACCUACCCCAGUGUGUUAGUAGUCACCAGGUGAGACAGUCACCUACCCCAGUGUGUUAGUAGUCACCAGGUGAGACAGUCACCUACCCCAGUGUGUUAGUAGUCACCAGGUGAGUCAGUCACCUACCCCAGUGUGUUAGUAGUCACCAGGUGAGACAGUCACCUACCCCAGUGUGUUAGUAGUCACCAGGUGAGUCAGUCACCUACCCCAGUGUGUUAGUAGUCACCAGGUGAGACAGUCACCUACCCCAGUGUGUUAGUAGUCACCAGGUGAGACAGUCACCUACCCCAGUGUGUUAGUAGUCACCAGGUGAGUCAGUCACCUACCCCAGUGUGUUAGUAGUCACCAGGUGAGUCAGUCACCUACCCCAGUGUGUUAGUAGUCACCAGGUGAGAUAGUCACCUACCCCAGUGUGUUAGUAGUCACCAGGUGAGUCAGUCACCUACCCCAGUGUGUUAGUAGUCACCAGGUGAGUCAGUCACCUACCCCAGUGUGUUAGUAGUCACCAGGUGAGUCAGUCACCUACCCCAGUGUGUUAGUAGUCACCAGGUGAGACAGUCACCUACCCCAGUGUGUUAGUAGUCACCAGGUGAGACAGUCACCUACCCCAGUGUGUUAGUAGUCACAGUGGCGGCUCCUGAAAAAAUUCUCAGGGGGGCAAUUUUUCUGAUGAUUUAGGUGACCUACACACAUUUUUAAAAAGAUAUGUCCAGCAACAACAUGAAGACAGGGGCAGCAUAUAAGUCAAUACCAGAAGCAUUUAUUGACUGAUCUCAAAAGUGUUGGCUUACAAAAGCAAAAUAAGUUAUCACAGUAAAAAUAAUCAAGGGUGUUCUUUCACAUUCCUCAACACUGCAUAAACAAUAUGUAUGGCUUUGUAAAAAUGAACAACCAUAUUCUGGCCAAUUGUAUAGAUUUGUAAAUAUGAACAACCAUAUUCUGGCCAAUUGUAUAGAUUUGUAAAAAUGAACAUGAACAGAUUUUUUAUUUUUUUGAAUGGCAGUACCUUUCAAACAUGUCUGCUUGCAGUAAGGUAGCACUCACAAGGUGGCCAGAGAAAGAGAACCUUUCUUUGGUGUGAUCCAGGAUGGUGUUGCAGACCUCUUCAGACAGCCUCUGCUUCUCCUCUUCUCUCAAAGCUGUUCUGGGUCUUUUGGCUCCUGUUGCUUCUUGCAGCUGCUGUUGAGAGGAGUCCCUGAAGGCAAACAGACCAAUGUGUUUGUUGGCUUUGUACAGUAUUGUUGUCUAUGUGAUGCACAGGUAUAUGCAAUGUAUCCAUGUAUAGUACAAAUACUUCAGUUCCACUUAAAAUGAGCAGGGAUGCAUAAAGUCUUUAGUGUUUAAGUUAGCCUUUGUGUCUCACAUAGCCUGGAUGUUCAGCACAGUAUACAGUGGUGCUCAUAAGCUUAUGAUCCCAUGCUAAAGUUGACUAAAAAGAGGAAUAAAAAAGAAAAGAAAAUUGGUGUCCUUAAAGGUUGGAUUUUCCAACUUUUUUAAUUAAGUCAUUAAGAUCAAUUUCCAAAAGAUGAUUUUUUUAUUUUUUUAUUCCUCUUUUUAGUCAGCUUUAGAAUGUGUUCAUACACUUAUGAGCACCACUGUACAGUACACAUAGUAUAUAAAAUAAGAUAGAUUACACCACUGGCCAUAUAUAAUGAGAAUAAUGUAAUUUCAAACACAAAUGCAGUCUCCUUUCAUGCAUACAUUUUCAAAUAAAGCUCUGCUUUGAGAAAGAUCGAAUGAUAUUGUUUAAUCUUUAUCUUACCUUAUGGCCUGCACACUGCUUGCGAAGCUGUCGAGGGCACGUUUGAUAAAGACAGCAUCGAUGUCCUUCUUCUGUAGCUUCUGGUACGGUGGGCUGGUGAAAUGAACCCAAUGAACCCGUCCGGAUGGCUUCAAAACAUUCUAUGAGGUCGUCUCGAUUCUCGUAGACAGUGUUCACGACUCUGCUGUUGCUAACCUCAUCGUUAUCGCGGUGGACAGCUAGCCUGUAUCCCUCAUCCAGUUGAGUGGCAAUAUUCACUCUCCCCAAAGCAGACAAUCUCAAAAAGCUAUCAAUGUGGGUCUUUGACAGCUCAUUUUUCUUAAUCUUUUCUGAAAGAUGGUGCAUGUCGGUUACACCAGUCGCUGUCCAAGCGGUGCUGUCUGCCGUGCCGCCUUCAGGGUGAAAGAGUAGUUUCUUAGUUACGUUCAUGGUUACGUUACGUUACGUAUGACGAAAGCGCGUAAGUGCAAGCCCUCAGAAACCCAUAGAGAUUGUAUUGAAAGCUCUGAAAUUUGAAAAAAAUUUUUUUUACAUUAGAGGCUAUGAGAGACUUCUGGGCGAUUUUCAACCUGACUGAAAUCGCCCCAAAACGGGCGGGGACAUUUGAAGCACGACUUUAGCCUGAUUGGACAUUUAGUGGCUGGCAGAUCAAACGUCUAGAUUAGAACACUGAACUACUGUUGCCGUGAUAUAAUUGAUUAGAAAAAAAAUCCCUUCCUUUUCCCGUUUGGCAGUGCGUCGCCCAUAUCGCCCUAUUGAACAGACCGCCCCUGCACCUACCCCAGUGUGUUAGUAGUCACCAAUCAAAUAAUCAAUCAAUCAAAUGUACACUGCUCAAAAAAAUAAAGGGAACACUAAAAUAACACAUCCUAGAUCUGAAUGAAUGAAAUAAUCUUAUUAAAUACUUUUUUCUUUACAUAGUUGAAUGUGCUGACAACAAAAUCACACAAAAAUUAUCAAUGGAAAUCAAAUUUAUCAACCCAUGGAGGUCUGGAUUUGGAGUCACCCUCAAAAUUAAAGUGGAAAACCACACUACAGGCUGAUCCAACUUUGAUGUAAUGUCCUUAAAACAAGUCAAAAUGAGGCUCAGUAGUGUGUGUGGCCUCCACGUGCCUGUAUGACCUCCCUACAAUGCCUGGGCAUGCUCCUGAUGAGGUGGCGGAUGGUCUCCUGAGGGAUCUCCUCCCAGACCUGGACUAAAGCAUCCGCCAACUCCUGGACAGUCUGUGGUGCAACGUGGCGUUGGUGGAUGGAGCGAGACAUGAUGUCCCAGAUGUGCUCAAUUGGAUUCAGGUCUGGGGAACGGGCGGGCCAGUCCAUAGCAUCAAUGCCUUCCUCUUGCAGGAACUGCUGACACACUCCAGCCACAUGAGGUCUAGCAUUGUCUUGCAUUAGGAGGAACCCAGGGCCAACCGCACCAGCAUAUGGUCUCACAAGGGGUCUGAGGAUCUCAUCUUGGUACCUAAUGGCAGUCAGGCUACCUCUGUCGAGCACAUGGAGGGCUGUGUGGCCCCCCAAAGAAAUGCCACCCCACACCAUGACUGACCCACCGCUAAACCAGUCAUGCUGGAGGAUGUUGCAGGCAGCAGAACGUUCUCCACGGCGUCUCCAGACUCUGUCACGUCUGUCACAUGUGCUCAGUGUGAAUCUGCUUUCAUCUGUGAAGAGCACAGGGCGCCAGUGGCGAAUUUGCCAAUCUUGGUGUUCUCUGGCAAAUACCAAACGUCCUGCACGGUGUUGGGCUGUAAGCACAAUCCCCACCUGUGGACGUCGGGCCCUCAUACCACCCUCAUGGAGUCUGUUUCUGACCGUUUGAGCAGACACAUGCACAUUUGUGGCCUGCUGGAGGUCAUUUUGCAGGGCUCUGGCAGUGCUCCUCCUGCUCCUCCUUGCACAAAGGUAGAGGUAGCAGUCCUGCUGCUGGGUUGUUGCCCUCCUACGGCCUCCUCCACGUCUCCUGAUGUACUGGCCUGUCUCCUGGUAGCGCCUCCAUGCUCUGGACACUACGCUGACAGACACAGCAAACCUUCUUGCCACAGCUCGCAUUGAUGUGCCAUCCUGGAUGAGCUGCACUACCUGAGCCACUUGUGUGGGUUGUAGACUCCGUCUCAUGCUACCACUGGAGUGAAAGCACCGCCAGCAUUCAAAAGUGACCAAAACAUCAGCCAGGAAGCAUAGGAACUGAGAAGUGGUCUGUGGUCACCACCUGCAAAACCAGUCCUUUAUUUGGGGUGUUUUGCUAAUUGCCUAUAAUUUCUACCUGUUGUCUAUUCCAUUUGCACAACAGCAUGUGAAAUGUAUUGUCAAUCAGUGUUGCUUCCUAAGUGGACAGUUUGAUUUCACAGAAGUGUGAUUGACUUGGAGUUACAUUCUGUUGUUUAAGUGUUCCCUUUAUUUUUUUGAGCAGUGUAUUUAUAAAGCCCUUUUUACAUUAGCAGAUGUCACAAAGUGCUAUACAGAAACCCAGACUAAAACCCCAAACAGCAAGCAAUGCAGAUGUAGAAGCACGGUGGUUAGGAAAAACUCCCUAGAAAGGCAGGAACCUAGGAAGAAACCUAGAGAGGAACCAGGCUCUGAGGUGUGGCCAGUCCCCUUCUGGCUGUACUGGGUAGAGAGGAACCAGGCUCUGAGGUGUGGCCAGUCCCCUUCUGGCUGUACUGGGUAGAGAGGAACCAGGCUCUGAGGUGUGGCCAGUCCUCUUCUGGCUGUGCCGGGUGGAGAUUAUAACAGUACAUGGCCAUUAAAGCCAGAUUUUUCUCCAAGAUGUUCAAACGUUCAUAGAUGACCAGCAGGGUCAAAUAAUAAUCACAGUGGUUGUAGAGGUUGCAACAGGUCAGUACAUCAGGAGUAAAUGUCACUUGGCUUUUCAUAGCCGGGCAUUUAGAGGUUGAAAUAGCAGGUGCGGUAGAGAGAGAGUUGAAAACAGCAGGUCUGGGACAAGGUAGCACGUCCGGUGAACAGGUCAGGGUUCCAUAGCCGCAGGCAGAAGAGUGGAAACUGGAGCAGCAGCACGACCAGGUGGACUGGGGACAGCAAGGAGUCAUCAGGCCAGGUAGUCCUGAGGCAUCAAAUCAAAUCAAAUUUGAUUUGUCACAUACACGUAUUAAGCAGAUGUUAUAGCAGGUGUAGCCAAAUGCUUGUGCUUUUAGCUCCGACAGUGCAGUAUUAUCUAACAAUUUCACAACAUAUACCCAAUACACACAAAAAAGUAAGGAAUGGGAUUUAAGAAUAUAUACAUAUAUGGACAAGCAAUGACAGAGUGGCAUGGACUAAGAUACAGUAGAAUAUUAUAGAAUAGAAUACAGUAUAUACAUAUGAGAUGAGUAGUGCAAGAUUUGUAAACAUUAUUAAAGUGACUAGUGUUCCAUUUCUUAAAGUGGCCAGUGAUUUCAAUAGGCAGCAGCAGCCUCUAAUGUACUAGUGAUGGCUAUUUAACAGUCUGAUGGCCUUGAGAUAGAAGCUGUUUUUUUCAUUCUCUCGGUCCCAGCUUUGAUUCACCUGUACUGACCUCGCUUUCUGGAUGAUAGCGGGUGAACAGGCAGUGGCUCGGGUGGUUGAUGUCCUUGAUGAUCUUUUUGGCCUUCCUGUGACAUCGGGUGCUGUAGGUGUCCUGGAGGGCGGGUAGUUUGCCCCCGGUAAUGCGUUCGGCAGACCACACCACCCUCUGGAGAGCCCUGUGAUUGUGGGCGGUGCAGUUGCUGUACCAGGUGGUGAUACAGCCCGACAGGAUGCUCUCAAUUGUGCAUCUGUAAAAGUUUGCGAGGGUUUUAGGUGACAGGCCAAAUUUCUUCAGCCUCCUGAGGUUGAAAAGGCUCUGUUACGCCUUCUUCACCACACUGUCUGCAUGGGUGGACCAUUUCAGUUUGUCUGUGAUGUGUAUGCCAAGGAACUUGAAGCUUUCCAUCUUCUCCACUGCUGUCCUGUUGAUGAGGACAGGGGGGUGCUCCCUCUGCUGUCUCCUGAAUUCCACGAUCAGCUACUUCGUUUUGUUGACGUUGAGAGAGAGGUUAUUUUCCUGGCCCCACUCCGCCAGGGCCUUCACCUCCUCCCUGUAGGCUGUCUCGUCAUUGUUGGUAAUCAGGCCUACUACUGUUGUGUCGUCUGCAAACUUGAUGAUUGAGUUGGAGGCGUGCUUGGCCACGCAGUCAUGGGUGAACAUGGAGUACAGGAGGGGGCUGAGCACGCACCCUUGUGGGCCCCCAGUGUUGAGGAUCGGCGAAGUGGAGAUGUUGUUUCCUACCUUUAUCACCUGGAGGCGGCCCGUCAGGAAGUCCAGGACCCAGUUGCACAGGGCGGGGUUCAGACCCAGGGCCUCGAGCUUAAUGAUGAGCUUGGAGGGUACUAUGGUGUUGAAUGCUGAGCUAUAGUCAAUGAACAGCAUUUUUCCAUAGGUAUUCCUCUUGUCCAGAUGGAAUAGGGCAGUGGGCAGUGUGAUGGCGAUUGCAUUGUCUGUGGAUCUAUUGGGGCGGUAAGCAAAUUGAAGUGGGUCUAGGGUGACAGGUAAGGUAGAGGUGAUAUGAUCCUUGACUAGUCUCUCAAAGCACUUCAUGAUGACAGAGGUGAGUGCUACAGGGCGAUAGUCAUUUAGUUCAGUUACCUUUGCUUUCUUGGGUACAGGAACAAUGGUGGCCAUCUUGAAGCAUGUGGGGACAACAGACUGGGAUAGGGAGAGAUUGAAUAUGUCCAUGAACACUCCAGCCAGCUGGUCUGCGCAUGCUCUGAGGACACGGCUAGGGAUGCCGUCUGGGCCGGCAGCCUUGCGGGGGUUAACAUGCUUAAAUGUCUUACUCACGUCGGCCAUGGAGGAGAGGCCACAGUCCUUGGUAGUGGGCCUCGUCGGUGGCACUGUGUUGUCCUCAAAGCAGGCGAAGAAGGUGUUUAGCUUGUCUGGAAGCGAGACGUCGGUGUCGGCGACGUGGCUGGUUUUCCUUUUGUAGUCUGUGAUUGUCUGUAGACCCUGCCACAUACGUCUCGUGUCUGAGCCGUUGAAUUGCGACUCCACUUUGUCUCUAUACUGAUGUUUUGCCAGUUUAAUUGCCUUGCAGAAUGAGUAGCUACACUGUUUUGUAUUCUGCCAUAUUCCCAGUCACCUUGCCAUGGUUGAAUGCGGUGGUUCGCGCUUUCAGAUUGGCGCGAAUGCUGCCGUCUAUCCACGGAUUCUGGUUAGGGUAGGUUUUAAUAGUCACAGUGGGCACAACAUCACCUAUACACUUCCUGAUAAACUCAGUCACCGUUUCAGUGUAUACGUCUAAAUUAUUUAAUGGUCCUAGGGCUCAGAUCCCCCGGGAGGGGAGGGAUAGAGAAUUAGAGGGAGCAUACCAGGUGAGACAGUCAAAUUCCCCAGUGUGUGUAAGCAGCAGGGAGGGAAGGAUCCUAUUGGUAGAUCCCUGUGCAGUGCUGUAAUCCUAUUGGUUGGUUCCCCCCACAGCCGUCCCGCCCACUGCCUCGUCCCAGUACCCCGGGGAGUGUAUCCAGGAGGAGGAGCAGAUCGGUGUUUGGAACAGCCCCUGGUCCUGGUUGCCCUUCAGAGGGCACUGCUACAGCUUCGUCAAUGAUGACAUAGAGUGGGCCUACGCCUCCACCAGCUGUAUACACAAAGGUAGGAGCCUCAAAACCAAGGGUGUGUCAAAGAAUGUCACCCUGUUGUAGACCUGUGAUUUCUGAUAAAUUGACUUGGCAGGAGAGAGAGGAGACUAGAGGCCAUGUAACACAUUAUUUAAUACAGAAUUAUUCUGGGUACAUGCAUGUAUAUUCAAUAUGCAAGAUUUGAUAACAAGUUUCAUUUUAGAUGCAAGGGCAUAGUACUUAGUGUCCACUACACUAUUCCCUACAUAGUGCACUACUUUUGACCAGGGCUCUAUACGGGGGUGCCGUUAUAAAAUGGUGCGAUUUUGGACUGGGCCCAUCUCCCAUUCUCUCCCCUUCUCCUCCAAGUGUGUACUUGUUUACUGCAUUGGUGUAAGACGUGUGGUAGGACACAGGCUGCUAGACCAAUCCAAUGCUUUUAAAUCCUUGCGGGGAGUGAACAGGUGCACGCUUCAGGGAGGGAAGGAGAUAACUGGAAUUGGGAUCCAGUAUUCCACGAACUUGACAGAACAUAAAGAAAGUAAAUGGAGAAGCAUUAAUAAGAAUAUUGUGUGUUAAGGGGCAUCUCUGGUGAGCAUCGAGGACCCUGAGGAACUCCGCUUCAUAAAGAGCAACAUAGAGUUACUGAAAGACAGCUACUCUUCCUUCUGGAUAGGCCUGUACAAAACACACCUAGGUAACUACCAAUCCUUCUGGAUAGGCCUGUACAAAACACACCUAGGUAACUACCAAUCCUUCUGGAUAGGCCUGUACAAAACACACCUAGGUAACUACGACUCCUUGAUAGAUCUGUACAAAACACACCUAGGUAACUACCAAUCCUUCUGGAUAGGCCUGUACAAAACACACCUAGGUAACUACGACUCCUUGAUAGAUCUGUACAAAACACACCUAGGUAACUACCAAUCCUUCUGGAUAGGCCUGUACAAAACACACCUAGGUAACUACGACUCCUUGAUAGAUCUGUACAAAACACACCUAGGUAACUACCAAUCCUUCUGGAUAGGCCUGUACAAAACACACCUAGGUAACUACGACUCCUGGAUAGAACUGUACAAAACACACCUAGGUAACUACCAAUCCUUCUGUAUAGGUCUGUACAAAACACACCUAGGUAACUAUGACUCCUGGAUAGAACUGUACAAAACACACCUAUGUAACUACCAAUCAUUCUGGAUAUAACUGUACAAAACACACAUAGGUAACUACCAAUCAUUCUGGAUAGGCUUGUACAAAACACACCUAGGUAACUACGACUCGUGGAUAGAACUGUACAAAACACACCUAGGUAACUACGACUCCUGGAGUGAACUGUACAAAACACACAUAGGUAACUACCAAUCAUUCUGGAUAGAACUGUACAAAACACACCUAGGUAACUAUGACUCCUGGAUAGAACUGUACAAAACACACCUAGGUAACUAUGACUCCUGGAUAGAACUGUACAAAACACACCUAGGUAACUACCAAUCCUUCUUUAUAGGUCUGUACAAAACACACCUAGGUAACUACCAAUGCUUCUGUAUAGGUCUGUACAAAACACACCUAUGUAACUACCAAUCAUUCUGGAUAUAACUGUACAAAACACACAUAGGUAACUACCAAUCAUUCUGGAUAGGCCUGUACAAAACAGACCUAGGUAACUACGACUCGUGGAUUGAACUGUACAAAACACACCUAGGUAACUACGACUCCUGGAUAGAACUGUACAAAACACACCUAGGUAACAACCAAUCCUUCUGUAUAGGUCUGUACAAAACACACCUAUGUAACUACCAAUCAUUCUGGAUAGAACUGUACAAAACACACCUAUGUAACUACCAAUCAUUCUGGAUAGAACUGUACAAAACACACCUAGGUAACAACCAAUCCUUCUGUAUAGGUCUGUACAAAACACACCUAUGUAACUACCAAUCAUUCUUUAUAUAACUGUACAAAACACACCUAGGUAACUACGACUCCUGGAUAGAACUGUACAAAACACACCUAUGUAACUACCAAUCAUUCUGGAUAGGCCUGUACAAAACACACCUAGGUAACUAUGACUCCUGGAUAGAACUGUACAAAACACACCUAGGUAACUACGACUCCUGGAUAGAACUGUACAAAACACAUCUAGGUAACUACCAAUCCUUCUGGAUAGAACUGUACAAAAUACACCUAGGUAUCUACGACUCCUGGAUAGAACUGUACAAAACACACCUAGGUAACUACCAAUCAUUCUGGAUAGAACUGUACAAAACACACCUAGGUAACUACCAAUCAUUCUGUAUAGGCCUGUACAAAACACACCUAGGUAACUACGACUCCUGGAUAGAACUGUACAAAACACACCUAGGUAACUACCAAUCCUUCUGUAUAGGUCUGUACAAAACACACCUAGGUAACUACCAAUCCUUCUGGAUAGGCCUGUACAAAACACACCUAGGUAACUACCAAUCCUUCUGGAUAGGCCUGUACAAAACACACCUAGGUAACUACGACUCCUGGAUAGAACUGUGCAAAACACACCUAGGUAACUACCAAUCCUUCUGGAUAGGUCUGUACAAAACACACCUAGGUAACUACGACUCCUGGAUAGAACUGUACAAAACACACCUAGGUUACUACCAAUCCUUCUGGAUAGGCCUGUACAAAACACACUUAGGUAACUACGACUCCUGGAUAGAACUGUACAAAACACACCUAGGUAACUACCAAUCAUUCUGGAUAGGCCUGUACAAAACACACUUAGGUAACUACCAAUCAUUCUGGAUAGGCCUGUACAAAACACACCUAGGUAACUAUGACUCCUGGAUAGAACUGUACAAAACACACCUAGGUAACUACGACUCCUGGAUAGAACUGUACAAAACACACCUAGGUAACAACCAAUCCUUCUGUAUAGGUCUGUACAAAACACACCUAUGUAACUACCAAUCAUUCUGGAUAUAACUGUACAAAACACACCUAGGUAACUACGACUCCUGGAUAGAACUGUACAAAACACAUCUAGGUAACUACCAAUCCUUCUGUAUAGGUCUGUACAAAACACACCUAGGUAACUACGACUCCUGGAUAGAACUGUACAAAACACAUCUAGGUAACUACCAAUCCUUCUGUAUAGGUCUGUACAAAACACAUCUAGGUAACUACCAAUCCUUCUGGAUAGAACUGUACAAAACACACCUAGGUAACUACGACUCCUGGAUAGAACUGUGCAAAACACACCUAGGUAACUACCAAUCCUUCUGGAUAGGCCUGUACAAAACACACCUAGGUAACUACGACUCCUGGAUAGAACUGUACAAAACACACCUAGGUAACUACCAAUCAUUCUGGAUAGGCCUGUACAAAACACACUUAGGUAACUACCAAUCAUUCUGGAUAGGUCUGUACAAAACACACCUAGGUAACUACGACUCCUGGAUAGAACUGUACAAAACACACCUAGGUAACUACCAAUCAUUCUGGAUAUAACUGUACAAAACACACCUAGGUAACUACGACUCCUGGAUAGAACUGUACAAAACACACCUAGGUAACUACGACUCCUGGAUAGAACUGUACAAAACACACCUAGGUAACUACGACUCCUGGAUAGAACUGUACAAAACACACCUAGGUAACUACCAAUCCUUCUGUAUAGGUCUGUACAAAACACACCUAGGUAACUAUGACUCCUGGAUAGAACUGUACAAAACACACCUAUGUAACUACCAAUCAUUCUAGAUAUAACUGUACAAAACACACAUAGGUAACUACCAAUCAUUCUGGAUAGGCUUGUACAAAACACACCUAGGUAACUACGACUCGUGGAUAGAACUGUACAAAACACACCUAGGUAACUACGACUCCUGGAGUGAACUGUACAAAACACACCUAGGUAACUACCAAUCCUUCUGUAUAGGUCUGUACAAAACACACCUAGGUAACUACCAAUCCUUCUGUAUAGGCCUGUACAAAACACACCUAGGUAACUAUGACUCCUGGAUAGAACUGUACAAAACACACCUAGGUAACUAUGACUCCUGGAUAGAACUGUACAAAACACACCUAGGUAACUACCAAUCCUUCUUUAUAGGUCUGUACAAAACACACCUAGGUAACUACCAAUGCUUCUGUAUAGGUCUGUACAAAACACACCUAUGUAACUACCAAUCAUUCUGGAUAUAACUGUACAAAACACACAUAGGUAACUACCAAUCAUUCUGGAUAGGCCUGUACAAAACAGACCUAGGUAACUACGACUCGUGGAUUGAACUGUACAAAACACACCUAGGUAACUACGACUCCUGGAUAGAACUGUACAAAACACACCUAGGUAACAACCAAUCCUUCUGUAUAGGUCUGUACAAAACACACCUAUGUAACUACCAAUCAUUCUGGAUAGAACUGUACAAAACACACCUAUGUAACUACCAAUCAUUCUGGAUAGGCCUGUACAAAACACACCUAGGUAACUAUGACUCCUGGAUAGAACUGUACAAAACACACCUAGGUAACUACGACUCCUGGAUAGAACUGUACAAAACACAUCUAGGUAACUACCAAUCCUUCUGUAUAGGUCUGUACAAAACACACCUAUGUAACUACCAAUCAUUCUGGAUAGAACUGUACAAAACACACCUAUGUAACUACCAAUCAUUCUGGAGUGAACUGUACAAAACACAUCUAGGUAACUACCAAUCAUUCUGUAUAGAACUGUACAAAAUACACCUAGGUAUCUACGACUCCUGGAUAGAACUGUACAAAACACACCUAGGUAACUACCAAUCAUUCUGGAUAGAACUGUACAAAACACACCUAGGUAACUACGACUCCUGGAUAGAACUGUACAAAACACAUCUAGGUAACUACCAAUCCUUCUGGAUAGAACUGUACAAAACACACCUAGGUAACUACCAAUCCUUCUGGAUAGAACUGUACAAAACACACCUAGGUAACUACGACUCCUGGAUAGAACUGUACAAAACACACCUAGGUAACUACCAAUCCUUCUGUAUAGGUCUGUACAAAACACACCUAGGUAACUACCAAUCCUUCUGGAUAGGCCUGUACAAAACACACCUAGGUAACUACCAAUCCUUCUGGAUAGGCCUGUACAAAACACACCUAGGUAACUACGACUCCUGGAUAGAACUGUGCAAAACACACCUAGGUAACUACCAAUCCUUCUGGAUAGGUCUGUACAAAACACACCUAGGUAACUACGACUCCUGGAUAGAACUGUACAAAACACACCUAGGUAACUACCAAUCCUUCUGUAUAGGUCUGUACAAAACACACCUAGGUAACUACCAAUCCUUCUGGAUAGGCCUGUACAAAACACACCUAGGUAACUACCAAUCCAUUCUGGAUAGGUCUGUACAAAACACACUUAGGUAACUACGACUCCUGGAUAGAACUGUACAAAACACACCUAGGUAACUACCAAUCAUUCUGGAUAGGCCUGUACAAAACACACUUAGGUAACUACCAAUCAUUCUGGAUAGGCCUGUACAAAACACACCUAGGUAACUAUGACUCCUGGAUAGAACUGUACAAAACACACCUAGGUAACUAUGACUCCUGGAUAGAACUGUACAAAACACACCUAGGUAACUACCAAUGCUUCUGUAUAGGUCUGUACAAAACACACCUAUGUAACUACCAAUCAUUCUGGAUAUAACUGUACAAAACACACAUAGGUAACUACCAAUCAUUCUGGAUAGGCCUGUACAAAACAGACCUAGGUAACUACGACUCGUGGAUUGAACUGUACAAAACACACCUAGGUAACUACGACUCCUGGAUAGAAAUGUACAAAACACACCUAGGUAACAACCAAUCCUUCUGUAUAGGUCUGUACAAAACACACCUAUGUAACUACCAAUCAUUCUGGAUAUAACUGUACAAAACACACCUAGGUAACUACGACUCCUGGAUAGAACUGUGCAAAACACACCUAGGUAACUACCAAUCCUUCUGGAUAGGUCUGUACAAAACACACCUAGGUAACUACGACUCCUGGAUAGAACUGUGCAAAACACACCUAGGUAACUACCAAUCAUUCUGGAUAGGCCUGUACAAAACACACUUAGGUAACUACCAAUCAUUCUGGAUAGGUCUGUACAAAACACACCUAGGUAACUAUGACUCCUGGAUAGAACUGUACAAAACACACCUAGGUAACUACAACUCCUGGAGAGAACUGUACAAAACACACAUACACUUUUAGAAUAAAAAGGUUCCAAAAUGGUUCUUCGGCUGUCCCCAUGUGAGAAUCCUUUGAAGGACCAGUUAAAACCCUUUUGGGUUCCAUGUAGAACCCUUUCAAACGAGGUGUUCCACAUGGAACCAACAAUGGUUCUACAGACGAAGAACCCUUUUUGGUUCUAGAUAGAACCUUUCUUUGUAAGAGUGUAGGUACCCACAUGACUAACAACAGACCCUGUUGCAGGUAAGUGGCAGUGGGUUGACCAAACAGUGCUGGACUACAUUAACUGGGCAGAGGGACAGCCCUACGACUCUACCCAAAACAACUAUGGAGAGAUGCUAUCCUCCGAUGGGUCCUGGAGCACUGCCCCCAGAUGGCAUGACAAACCAUACAUCUGUAAGAAGCCCAAAGGUGAGAGAGGAGCACCAUGGCUCUAUUACAAUAAACACACAACUUUCUUUCUCACUCCAUAGUGGACUACACAUGUGAAUGUCAAUAGAACUGUAUGAAAUGAAGGCAAUGAUGAAGAAGUAUUUGAGGAAAUAGGAUAAUAGACACCGUUGGACUUCUUAAUAAUACCUUCUUAAUAAUCCUCUCUUUUCCACCUCCAGUUCUACUAGAAACAUUACCAACACAUGGUGAGUUAUAAAUGAAUGAGUCGAUCAAUCAACCAACCAACCAACCAACCCAUCCAUCCAUCCACCAAUCAUCCAUCCUUCAAUCAACUAAUCAAUCAAUCAGUCAAUGAAUUAAUCAAUCAAUCAGUCGAAUACCAUGCAGUCAAUUAACCACUCAGUCAAUUAACCACUCAGUCAAUUAACCACUCAGUUAAUUAACCAAUCAUCCAAUCAGUCAUAUCAGUCAAUCAAUCAUAGCCAAACUAUAAUAUUUAUCCCUGUGAUCCUGCAGUGUCUCUGAAGGGAGGUCAGAGGCGUAUGUAUUCAGGCCUGGCAGUGGUGGUGGUGCUGGCUUCCCUGUGUCUGAUGGGUCUCACAGCCUUAAUGCUCUACAAGAAGACCGGCCGUCCCCUGCCCUCCUUCACCAAACCCCUGGUCUUCAGCGCAGGCUGGAGAGCCUUCGACAACCCCCUCUACACGGAGCCUGUCACCGAGGUCGAUGUGGUCAACCCCAGCACAGUGGACACUAGCCAACUGGUCAAACACAUGGAGGAGCAGGCUCAGCCAAUGAUCACUCUGUGAUUGGAGAGAGACAAGGG